CCCCUCAGUGUCCACCUGGGGAAGAGUACCCCUAGCGUAUGCCCCUGCCGCAUCUGAUCUGGGACUGAGAGGCCCCUGCUCCGAGGCGACCAGACCUCAUGACCUGCCUCUCAGGGCCGAGCAGCACCGAGAAGGAAGCCCUGAGUGGGAAGUGCCGAGGCGCCGGGUGAGGGCGGGGGCUUUGGGGAGGGGAGCCCGGACUCCAGGGGCAGGAGCAGUGACCACAGCCCCCCACUGCAGGCUGGCGGGAGGAGGCUGGUUUAAAAGGCAGAUGGGCCUCUGGCCAAACGCUCAGUCCUGCACCCUGCGGGCUGCAGGAGCACCCAGACUUCCGGACUAGCUGGGGCGGGUGCCAUGUGAGCCCGGCUAGGCUCCCCUCCUGCCCGCCCUCCUUCCUCCCCUCCUCCCAGGCGCUCUGCCUGCCCAGCCUCUCCAAAGAGGGACGCCUGGCAACAUGUCUCUUCUGAACCCCGUCCUGCUGCCCCCCAAGGUGAAGGCCUAUCUGAGCCAAGGGGAGCGCUUCAUCAAAUGGGAUGAUGAAACGACGAUAGCCUCUCCGGUUAUCCUCCGAGUGGAUCCCAAGGGCUACUACUUGUACUGGACCUAUCAGAGUAAGGAGAUGGAGCUUCUGGAUAUCACCAGCAUCCGGGACACCCGCUUUGGGAAGUUUGCCAAGAUGCCCAAGAGCCAGAAGCUCCGGGAAGUCUUCAACAUGAACAUCCCCGACAACUUCCUGCUGAAGACGCUCACAGUGGUAUCCGGUCCUGACAUGGUGGACCUCACCUUCCAUAACUUCGUCUCCUACAAGGAGAACGUGGGCAAGGACUGGGCUGAAGACGUACUGGCUCUGGCCAAGCAUCCGCUGACGGCCAACGCCUCCCGCAGCACCUUCCUGGACAAGAUCCUUGUGAAGCUCAAGAUGCAGCUUAACCCUGAGGGCAAGAUUCCUGUGAAGAAUUUUUUCCAGAUGUUCCCUGCUGACCGCAAGCGGGUGGAAGCUGCCCUCAGCGCCUGCCACCUCCCCAAAGGCAAGAACGAUGCCAUCAAUCCCGAGGACUUCCCAGAGUCCGUGUACAAGAGCUUCCUCAUGAGCCUCUGUCCUCGGCCAGAAAUAGAUGAGAUCUUCACUUCCUACCACUCCAAGGCCAAACCCUAUAUGACUAAGGAGCACCUGGCCAAAUUCAUCAACCAGAAACAGCGCGACUCCAGGCUCAAUUCCCUGCUGUUUCCGCCAGCACGUCCUGACCAAGUGCAGGGCCUCAUUGACAAGUACGAGCCCAGCGGCAUCAACGUGCAGCGGGGCCAGCUGUCCCCCGAGGGCAUGGUGUGGUUUCUCUGCGGGCCGGAGAACAGUGUGCUGGCCCAGGACAAGCUGCUGCUGCACCAGGACAUGACCCAGCCGCUCAACCAUUACUUCAUCAACUCCUCCCACAACACCUACCUGACAGCCGGCCAGUUCUCAGGCCUUUCCUCUGCUGAGAUGUACCGCCAAGUGCUGCUGGCAGGCUGCCGCUGCGUGGAGCUGGACUGCUGGAAGGGGAAGCCCCCCGACGAGGAGCCCAUCAUCACCCACGGCUUCACCAUGACCACAGACAUCUAUUUCAAGGAAGCAAUCGAAGCCAUUGCAGAAAGUGCCUUUAAGACCUCCCCUUAUCCGGUCAUCCUGUCAUUUGAAAACCACGUGGACUCACCCCGCCAACAGGCUAAGAUGGCCGAGUACUGCCGGAUGAUGUUUGGCGAUAUGCUGCUCACAGAACCCCUGGAGAAGUUCCCGCUGAAACCUGGCAUCCCCCUGCCCAGCCCUGAGGAUCUCCGAGGCAAGAUCCUAAUCAAGAACAAGAAGAACCAGUUUUCUGGCCCUGCAUCCUCCUGCAAGGAGCCGGAUGGGGAGGCUGAGGGUAGCAGCCCACCCAAUGCCCCUGUGGGUGAGGAUACAGUGUGGGCUGGUGAGGAAGGGGCUGAGCUGGAGGAGGAGGAGGUAGAAGAAGAAGAGGAGGAGUCGGGAAACCUGGAUGAAGAAGAGAUAAAGAAGAUGCAAUCAGAUGAGGGCACAGCGGGCCUGGAGGUGACGGCCUACGAGGAGAUGUCCAGCCUAGUCAAUUACAUCCAGCCCACCAAGUUCAUCUCCUUCGAGCUCUCUGCCCAGAAGAACCGAAGUUAUGUUAUCUCCUCCUUCACGGAGCUCAAGGCUUACGAUCUGCUCUCCAAGUCUUCAGUGCAGUUUGUGGACUACAACAAGCGCCAGAUGAGCCGCAUCUACCCCAAGGGGACCCGCAUGGACUCCUCCAACUACAUGCCCCAGAUGUUCUGGAACGCUGGUUGUCAGAUGGUUGCCCUCAACUUCCAGACGAUGGACCUGCCCAUGCAGCAGAACAUGGCGCUUUUCGAGUUCAACGGGCAGAGUGGCUACCUCCUCAAGCAUGAGUUCAUGCGUCGGUCGGACAAGCAGUUCAAUCCCUUCUCAGUGGACCGCAUCGACGUGGUGGUAGCCACCACCCUUUCCAUUACGGUGAUCUCUGGGCAGUUCCUGUCAGAACGCAGUGUGCGCACUUAUGUGGAAGUGGAGCUGUUUGGCCUUCCGGGAGAUCCCAAGAGGCGCUAUCGCACCAAGCUGUCACCCAGUACCAACUCCAUCAAUCCGGUCUGGAAGGAGGAGCCCUUUGUCUUUGAGAAGAUCUUGAUGCCUGAGCUGGCUUCCCUCAGAGUUGCUGUGAUGGAGGAAGGCAACAAGUUUCUUGGACACCGCAUCAUCCCCAUCAGUGCCCUGAAUUCUGGAUACCACCAUCUCUGUCUGCACAAUGAGAGCAACAUGCCGCUCACCAUGCCAGCGCUCUUUGUCUUCCUGGAGAUGAAGGACUAUGUGCCUGACACCUGGGCAGAUCUCACGGUGGCCCUCGCUAACCCUAUCAAGUUCUUCAGUGCCCAUGAUAAGAAGUCUGUGAAGCUCAAGGAAGCCAUGGGAGGCCAGCCCGAGAGUCCCUUCCCUCUUGGGAAUCACCCUGCCAACCAGGUCAAUGGGGCAUCGGGUCCAACAAGCAAUGGGUCAGCAGCAGCCGGGGCCAAAGCCAGGGAGGAGGCCACGAAAGAAGCUGCGGAACCGCAGACCGCCAGCCUGGAGGAGCUGCGGGAGCUGAAGGGCGUCGUGAAGCUGCAGCGGCGCCAGGAGAAGGAGCUGCGAGAACUGGGGCGGCGCGGCGUGCGGCGCUGGGAGGAGCUGCUGCAGAGGGGCGCGGCGCAGCUGGCCGGGCUCGGGCCUCCGGGCGCGGGGGGCGGCGGCGGGUGCCGGGGCCGCAAGCUCGGCCCGGGCAAGGGAUCCCGCAAAAAGAGGACCCUGCCCGGCGAGGACACCGCCGGGGCGGCGUCGGCCGAAGGCCCCGAGGGCGAGGACGUGCGCCUGCGAGAGCUGAGGGACAGUCUGGAGCUGGAGCUGCUGCAGCUGGGCGAAGAGCAGUGCGAGUGUGUCCUGAAGCUCAAGGAGCAGCACGCGGCCCAGCAAAUGACCAAGAUGAUGGAGCUGGCCAGGGAGAAACAGGCUGCAGAGCGGAAGACCCUCAAGGAGACCUUGGAGACUGACACCAAAGAGAUGAAGAAGAAGCUGGAGGCCAAGAGGCUGGAGCGGAUCCAGGCCAUGAUGAAGGUCACCACAGACAAGAUGGCUCAGGAGAGGUUGAAGAGAGAGAUUAACAACUCCCACAUCCAGGAGGUGGUGCAGGUGAUCAAGCAGAUGACGGAGAACCUGGAGAGGCACCAGGAGAAGUUGGAGGAGAAGCAGGCAGCCUGCCUGGAACAGAUCCAGGAGAUGGAAAAACAGUUCCAGCAGGAGGCGAUGACAGAGUACGAGGCCAAGAUGAAGGGCCUGGAGAUGGAAGUGAAGGAGUCAGUGAGGACCUGCCUCCGGGCCUGCUUCCCCUCUGAGGAGGAGGACAAGCCUGAGAGACCCUGUGUGGUCUCCAGGGAGCUGUGUGAGCAGGACACACUCGCAGAGCAGGCAGAGACCCAGGAGAGCCACCUCUGAUGCCCCCAUCCCAUGGGGACAUCCUGCAAGGACAUUCACUCUUUUCUGGGAUAUGGCUCCAACCCCUGGAGGAGAGGGCCCCUUGCGUUCUGAGGUGCAGGAAGCUGGGGCUCCCUCAGGCACUGGAGCCCCUCCCUCAGCUGCAGGCUAAGGUGGAGGCUGGAACCAUGUGGGGCCCCUCUGAGGCCUUGAGGCCCUCUCCAAGCCAACAUCCUGCUCCUCCUCCCCUCCUCUCUGAACAAGUGUCACAUAUUUGUUGAGGGAAAAAAAUAUGACCUGUGAGGCAGAAAAUGGGGUCCUGGCCCCCCACUCUUGCCUCUCCUAGUGAGCCACUCUGGACUCGGUUUCCUCUCCUGGAGGGUUAGACCUGGCCACCUGGAACCUCCACUCCUGCCCCUGUAGUUCAAGCAGGGCCAAACUCCAAAAACUCCUGCCCUAAGGCAGGCGACUCAGCCUGGCUCAUAGGCCCCAUCUCUGGCUUGCCCUGAGUUGACCUCAUUGUCAGUUCCCGGAUACAGAGUUUGGCACUUCCUUCCAGUUCUUUGGGUACGGAUGGCUGCUCCCAGGAUCCCAGGCUGAGAUGCCUUUCCUGCCUCCUGCCUGUGGGGGAUGGGAGGCUGAUGUGGAAAAGCUGCCUCAGCUGUAUGACCCUCAGGCCGCUGAGACAACUGGGGCUGGGGGAGAGGGGAGAAAGAUGGCUUUUUGUGCUCUCUCCCACCCAAAGCCUGAUCACUCCUUUUCUGAGACCUGGGGGCACUUCCCAGUAUGUGCCCCCAACUGUGGCUGUCUGAUAAGGUCAGCACCAUUUUCUCUCCUGACUGUAUGAGGUUUAUUUAUUUUUCUCUUUCUAACUCCUACUAAAGAACCCUGUCCCAAGA